AUGCGUCCUCGCCAACACCCAGACGGCAGAGAACUCCCUGGACUCUCGAAGGACUGGCCUUUCUCCUGCUGCCCUGGCUUCACCCUCUACCUGUUUCGUAGUACCGUCAGCGCGUCUGUCUCCUGUGUUGUGAACACCAGACGGCAGAGAACUCCCUGGACUCUCCAAGGACUGGCCUUUCCUCUGCUGCCCUGGCUUCACCCUCUACCUGUUUCCUGGUCCGUCAGCGCGUCUGCCUCCUGUGUUGGAGAGGCCGUUGCUCGGUUUGCUCUGCAGGUUUCCAACGGGAAGGAAGAGCGCAGGAACGUCAACGUCACCGUGAACGGGAAGACAAAGCCAAGGAACGGGAGCGUGAGGAACGAGAAACGAGAAUUUGAACUUGCCAAGUUGGCUUCAGAGUUGGGAGCAAGUCCCGAUGCUGGCGUGCGAGGACGGAAGCUUCCAGCUUACCAAGGAGAGGACAUCCCCACCUACCUGACCAGAUUUGAGCGUAUUGCCACGCUCUUAACAAUCGACGAGUUGUCUCGCAUCGCCGCCUACCUGACCAGAUUUGAGCGUAUUGCCACGCUCUUAACAAUCGACGAGGAGUGUCUCGCUGUUAGACUUGGGAGUCUACUGACAGGUAAAGCUGCUGAACUCUAUCCACCUUUACCAAGCGACCCCUCCCUCCUUCAAAGGGCGCUCUGACUGGUUUUAAGACUCGAGAGCAGUACUGGCUAGACUUCUGAAACUAAGAUCAGAAUGGGAAAAUUACCAGAAUGGGAAAAUUACCAGAUGUCUACCCGUCUUCAGCAGCUAUUUGACUCAUUAGAUCAGUUCAUUGCUUCCCUUUCUUACGGAGAUCCCUUUCUUACGAUCUCUGUAUCUUCUUAAAGGAGCAGGAUACCACCUUAAGACUGCUGUGGGUAAAGCUGAUGUUUGGUCUGCAGCUCACAACGCCUACCCUAAGCAGAACUCCAGCGGAGCCACUGGGAGAUCUACCUACCAUAAGAGCCUUUAAAGAACCAAAGGACAAAUACAAGGUACGAUUUUGUAUGGAUGAGCUGUCUCGCCCAGAUUAUGCAGUUGCUGGCACGAUCAACGGCUCCAGGGCUACUACGAUGUCAGUCACCGGCUGCAAAUGCGUGAUCAUCUGAGAAGGCAGUACCUGAUGCUGACGUCACAACGGCUCCAGGGCUACUACUAUUGUCAGUCACCGGCUGCAAAUGCGUGAUCAUCUGAGAAGGUAGUGCCUGAUGCUGACGUCUCUCAGCGACCUAAGGUAGUAGUAGAGGAUUAUCUUGAACGGGAAGAUAUUUUUCCAACUAUUAGGUGCUAUAUACAUAUUUCGAGGGCUGGAUUGAUAAUGCUAUCCUAGCUCCAUGAAGUGCGCUUGUGUCCUCACUGGCAACAUCUCAGGAGCUCCUAGUCCUGAUGAACCGUCUCAUGAAUACCAAAGCACCAUCCUCCUCGCUCCAAACCUCAGUCGGUGAUUUAGCAAGUCAUUUCGGACCUUCUCGAAGGUAUCCAGCCACUUCUGGCCUGGGAUGGGAGCAGAUAUUAUCGACUGCCGUCCAUCCUGUGGCGUCUGUCAACGAAUGUCUGCCAAAGGAAGAGUCCGACCAGCACUCCUCUAUCCUCUUCCAAUUGUAACCGAACCUUUUUCCAGAGUGGCGGUCGAUUUGCUUAGACCACUGUCUCCCCCAUCCUCAGAAGGCCACAUCCUCACUUUAAUCGACUAUGCCACUGGGUUCCUAGAAGCCGUGCUACUGGCGGAAAUAGACUCCAUCUCCGCUGCUGAGGCUUUACUCUCUCUCUUUGCUGUAGUCGGUAUCCCACGAGAAAUUCUCACUGAUCAAGGUACCCAAUUUGCAUCUCAAUAAUGCAAGAACUUCACAAGUUGUUAGGAGUCAAGCCUUUAUUUACAACUCCACUUCAUCCUAGCACUAAUGGUCGCAUUGAACGUCUACAUGCAUCUCGUAAGCUUCCCUACGAAAGCUCAAGGACCGCCCUCGAGAGUGGCAGAUACUUGAUUCCUACAUUAUUCACCCUCAGAUACCCAGUGAUAGAACCAGUUUCUCGCCUUCGAACUUCUUUAUGGAAGGACUGUUCGGGGACCCCUCUCCGCCCUUAGAGAUCUAUGGGAGGACCAGAACCUGAAGGACGACGACCGAUGGAAGGACUGUUCGGGGACCCCUCUCCGCCCUUAGAGAUCUAUGGGAGGACCAGAACCUGAAGGACGACGACCGAUCCGCUUUCCACACUUUUCUAUGGAAGGACUGUUCAGGGACCCCUCUCCGCCCUUAGAGAUCUAUAGGAGGAUCAGAACCUGAAGGACGACGACCGAUCCGCUUUCCGCUACGUGGUAGAGCUACAGGAGAAGCUAGCAGAGACCGUGCAGAUCGCCGCCAACAAUGCAGACAUCAGUGCCUUGAAAUAUAAGACCUACUUUGACUUCAAGAGUCAAGAUACAGUUUCAACCGGGCGAUGAAGUCAUCCUUCUUCCCAGCUAUUCCACCAAGCUGCUUGUAACUUGGAAAGGACCUUGUAUAGUUUUAGAGCGACGAGGUAAGGUUGAUUACCUAAUUGAUUGUCCCCAAGGUUCGAGAUUGUACCAUGUCAACCUCUUAAAACGUUACAUCCCUCGUGCUAGUGCCAGCUUUGCCGAAGUCUUAGACGAAGUGUCAACACCUGAAGAGAACGAAGAGUUUGACGAUGUUUUCUCUGAUGUUCCUGCAUCAGCACAAAGACUUACCCUGUCGAUGUCCAUCUAAAACGUUUCUUUGAACAGGAAGUCUGUCGAUGUCCAUCUAAAACGUUUCUUUGAACAGGAAGUCUCUGACCUUUUUGAGAAAAGAAUCAUCCAACGGUCUUAACAUUGUUCGCCAGUCGUGAUGGUUCCUAAGCUAGGCUACACAUUGGAUGGCCAUUGACUACCGUCAACUCAACUACAGUCUUCCAGGCUGAGCCCAGCUGCAACACUGAGGAAGAUAUGUACAAGUUUUCUGGUUCAGGAUUCUUAACUCACUGAGUUGGAUCGCUGCAAGGCUUAUUACCAAGUCCCUUUGACAGACCCAUGCCGCUGACAGCCUUCUCAACCCACUUCGGCCCAUCACCAGACUACAUUUUGGCCUGGUCACUGCUUGUGCCACCUAUAUCAAGCUCAUGCGCAUUGUUCUUCAGACUGGGCCCUG